AGUAGAAUAUAUAUGGAAGACGCAAGGAAUGUGACAGAAUUUAUUUUCUUGGGAAUCCUUCAAGGUUGGAAGAUGCAGCGAGUGGCCUUUGGUUUCUUUUUAGUACUCUAUGUCCUGACAAUAGUAGGGAACCUGCUCAUUGUGGUCACUGUAAAUUUCAGUGGCCACCUCACUUCCCCUAUGUACUUCUUUCUUAGUUAUCUGUCCUUUGUUGAUGUCUGCUACUCCUCCACCACCACCCCAAAGAUGAUGGCAGACUUGUUCAUAGAGAGGAAAACCAUCUCCUUCAAUGGCUGCAUGACUCAGCUCUUUGCCGUGCAUUUUUUUGGUUGUACAGAGAUCUACCUGCUCACUGUCAUGGCUUAUGACCGCUAUGUGGCCAUCUGUCGCCCUUUGCACUAUACAGUCAUCAUGAACCGCAGAGUAUGCCGGACCUUGGUAUUGGCGCUCUGGGUUGGAGCAUUUCUGCAUUCCAUCAUUCAGACACUGCUUACCAUUCAACUGCCCUUCUGUGGACCCAAUGUGAUAGACCACUAUUUCUGUGAUGUCCACCCACUGCUGAAGCUUGCCUGCUCUGACACUUAUGUGGUAGGGCUCAUCGUUGUAGCCAACAGCGGCAUGAUCUCAUUGAUUGCCUUCUUCUGCUUGGUCAUCUCCUACUCUGUCAUCUUGUUCACUCUGAGAACUCAGUCAGCUGAGGGCAGGCGCAAGGCACUCUCUACCUGUGGCUCUCAUGUUGUUGCUGUAUUGCUUUUCUUUGUCCCCUGCAUCUAUAUGUACAUUCGCCCAACUACCACCCUUGCAGCAGAUAAACUGGUGACUUUAUUUAAUACAGUCAUGCCUCCCAUGCUAAAUCCCCUCAUAUAUACCCUGAGAAAUGCUGAGGUAAAGAAAGCCACGAGGAAGCUGUGGAGCCAAAAAGUGAUUUUAAGAGAAAAGUAA